CGAAAGUUUCAAACAAGCUAAGUAAGAUUUGCAGGCGAAGGAAUACUUGACAUAAAGUGGAAGAAGUAAUUGUAAUAUCAUCCAUCUAAGAAAUUUUCAGAUCAAAAUGAACAGACAAAUAAGGUUGUUUCUCGAGCAAGAAAAUGCAGCACUUAGGGCUGAGAACACAGCCCUUCGACAAACGAUGUUGUGUCCCCCUUGCAGCUCAUGCAACAGACCUGCGGUCCAACCCGACGUGGCAAUGAUGGAAGAACAGCUUCGACACGAGAACCAGAUGAUCUGUGCCGAAAUCCAGCGGAUGCAACGAUUAGCUGCUCGUUACUUGUGGUGGUCCCCCAACCGGGUCUCGACCAACCAUGGUGCCUCCUCCUCUUCUUCUUCCUUGGCCAUGACUGCACGGUGGAUCGAUGUGUUGGCUCUAACCACUGAUUCUGCGAACGAGGUGACCCGUUUGGCGAGGGCCGAGGAGCCGGCGUGGAGCAGAGACGGAGAUGGAGGGAGCGAAACCCUAAACCUAGAAAUGUAUUACACGCGUUUCUUGCCUUGCGAGCAAAGCAACGUGGAGGAAUUCGUUCACGAGGCGUCAUGUGCGACAGGGCUUGUGGCUAUUGAUGCUCCGUCCCUUUUGAGAAAUUUUGCGAAUCCGAGCCGUUGGGUCGAGAUUUUUCCAUCGAUGAUUGCAAGUUCCUCAAUCGAAGCAAGAAACAGGAUUCUUCAAGUGGUAAAAGUGGAAUUUAUGCCGGUUGUUUCACCGUUGGUCUCGACCCGGGAGGUGAAGCUACUGAGAUGCGUCAAGCAAAUGGACCGGAACACAUGGGUCGUGGCCGAUGUCUCGCCCUGUCUCAGGUUACAUCACCCGAAUCCACGGCCAGCAUUCAUCAGAUUUCCUUCUGGAUACGUUAUUCAACGCUUAGCCAAUGACUUCUCAAAGGUGACCGUUGUAGAGCACUGGGGCUAUAAAGAGGACGCGGUUGUAACCCGGUUCAGGUCAUAUCUCAGAACCGGCUUAGGCUUCGGGGCUCACAGAUGGUUAGCCGCUCUACAACGCAGCGGCUUUAGCUCCUCGACGAUAAGAGAAUUGAGCCCACUCGCUAAACGCAACUUGGUUAACCUAUCUCGGCGAAUGGGCAAUUCUAGUGGAGCAAACGAGAAGUAUGUGCUCCAAGAAACAUACCACGAGGCGUCGGCGACGAUGGUGAUCCACUCCGCUGUGGACCUGGAAGCGGCCGCCAUCGCUGCCACACACGAUAAUGCCGGGUUGUCAGGUGGGCACGGCGGAGGCGGAGGCGGAGGCCGGAAGUUCCCGGAGCGGCGGAGACGAGUGGUGCGUCGUGACGGCAGGGUUUCAGAUGGUUGCCGGCGAUGCGGCGUUGACUGGCGGCGUCUCCGAUGAGAUGGUCAACGCCGUCGAGGAGAUGGUCUCCUCGGCACUCGGCAAGCUGAGAAAUGCUCUCCCGGUGAACUUAGGCCUCCGCUGAAAUUUCACUUUUAAUUUUAUGUUUUGUUUUUUAAAUCUUCGUAUAUCAAUAGAUCAUUUAAUGUGUUUGUGAA